AUGCGCGCCAGGGAUUUUAUCGGUAAUGACGCUUCGGCUCGUCCUCACGCCGUGGCCGCCGCCCUCGUCGCCGCCAAAUAUGAAGAUCGGGCAUCACCCUCUUCUCGAAAUCUGCCGAAAAAAUGGGUCGUCUCGGCGGGCCAGCGCCUCUACAUCGCCUUCAAUGUGAUGACCAAGGGAACGAAAGAGGCGCUGCGACCACAUCAGGUAUUCGUCCUCCUCGAGCACGCCGAAACAAGCGCGAACAUCGUCUUCGUCGCGGAUUUGCAAAAGGACGGCACCUACAUUUCCGACAUUGACAUGAACAAAGUGGGCGCCGACUUUGACGGUCACUGCGGCAAAUUUCACGCCCGCCUCAUCAUCGGGGAUUCCACCAUCAAGAACGCGAUUGAUUGGAACUUUGCCGAUAUCGACAUUGCCACCCCGCCCACUCCAAUAGGAUUUGUGAAGAAAAGUGAACAGGUGUUCUUCGAGCCGCUGCCCUCAAUCACCCAUCAAUUUCGCCAGCCCGCAAAACGACCGCCGGGCAUCGUUUCCGAUGCUUUCACACUGCUCUGCUUGGCGCCGCUCAAAACGGCAUUUGGCCGUUCCUCAGCGCUGAGGAUAGUGGCCGGGCAAGCCCUGGCCGCCACAGCGCUCCAAACGACACCCCCCAACAGCCACUGCAUUUGCAAGCGUGGCGUAAUGAAGCUGCCGCUCGUCCUUCUCGCCUUGGCCGCCGCCAUCGUCUCCGCCAAGGAGCCAAGCGUCGACAACUUCAAGGUCGGCGUGCUCGAGAAGGGUGCCGAUGUGGCCGAUCUAAAGAGCAUCACCCUCUUCUCGAAAUCUGCCGAAAAAUGGGUCGUCUCGGCGAGCCAGCGUCUCUACAUCGCCUUCAAUGUGAUGACUAAGGGAACGAAGGAGGCGCUGCGACCACAUCAGGUAUUCGUCCUCCUCGAGCACGCCGAAACAAGCGCGGACAUCGUCUUCGUCGCCGAUUUGCAAAAGGACGGCACCUACAUUUCCGACAUUGACAUGAACAAAGUGGGCGCCGACUUUGACGGUCACUGCGGCAAAUUUCACGCCCGCCUCAUCAUCGGGGAUGCCACCAUCAAGAACCCGAUUGAUUGGAACUUUGCCGAUAUCGACAUUGCCGCCCCGCCCACUCCAAUAGGAUUUGUGAAGAAAAGUGAACAGGUAAUGAAGCUGCCGCUCGUCCUUCUCGCCUUGGCCGCCGCCAUCGUCUCCGCCAAGGAGCCAAGCGUCGACAACUUCAAGGUCGGCGUGCUCGAGAAGGGUGCCGAUGUGGCCGAUCUAAAGAGCAUCACCCUCUUCUCGAAAUCUGCCGAAAAAUGGGUCGUCUCGGCGAGCCAGCGUCUCUACAUCGCCUUCAAUGUGAUGACUAAGGGAACGAAGGAGGCGCUGCGACCACAUCAGGUAUUCGUCCUCCUCGAGCACGCCGAAACAAGCGCGGACAUCGUCUUCGUCGCCGAUUUGCAAAAGGACGGCACCUACAUUUCCGACAUUGACAUGAACAAAGUGGGCGCCGACUUUGACGGUCACUCCGGCAAAUUUCACGCCCGCCUCAUCAUCGGGGAUGCCACCAUCAAGAACCCGAUUGAUUGGAACUUUGCCGAUAUCGACAUUGCCACCCCGCCCACUCCAAUAGGAUUUGUGAAGAAAAGUGAACAGGUGUUCUUCGAGCCGCUGCCCUCAAUCACCCAUCAAUUUCGCCAACCCGAAAAACGACCGCCGGGCAUCGUUUCCGAUGCUUUCACACUGCUCUGCUUGGCGCCGCUCGUCAUUCUGGUGGGAUUGUGGCUGAAAAUCGGCAUCAACUUCUCCAACAUGCCCGUCAACCUCUGGACGCUGCUCUUCCACGCCGGAUUGGCAGCGAUCUUCGGCCUCUACAUGAUGUUCUGGCUGCGGCUGAACAUGUUCGACACACUGAAGUACCUGGCCAUCGUCGGAUCGGUGACGGCGUUCGCGGGCAAUCGACUUCUCCGCUCGAUCGCCAGCCAGCGCAAGGAAAAGAAAAAC